AUGGAGCAGGAGUCGAUAACAAUGAAGCAGGUGUCGAUGACGAUAGGGCAGGUGUCGAUAAUGAUGAAGCAAGUGUCGAUGACGAUGGAGCAGGUCUCGAUGAAGAUGGAGCAGGUCUCGAAAACGAUGGAGCAGGUCUCGAUGACGAUGGAGCAGGUGUCAGGAACGAUGAAGCAGGUUUCGAUGACGAUGGAGCAGGUCUCGAUAAUGAUGGAGCAGGUGUCG